GCCAGGGCUUUACGCAAGAAGAAAUGAGAAGAUGAAGUAAGCUCGAGUUACUUCCCAGUGCACGUGUGAGCGCUUAAAUAGGUUGAAGUUGAUCGGAGGGCACUACAGGAAAGAGCGUAAUUACCGACGGGAAUGUACCGACGGCCUUUAGGCCUUCUGUAAAGUGUUGGUCACAUAAUAUACUGAAGGCAUGUAGGCCUUCGCUAAUGUCAGCGAUUAGAAAUUUGGUUUUUUUUGCUCCGAAUUCCCCAAUUUCAGAAUUCCCUCGUCUCCCCUUCCCUCGUCUCUUCAAUUUCAGAAAUCCCUCUCUCCCCUUCCCUGGUCUGUUCGUCAUUACCGUAAGCCGAAGUUGGUCACCCUAAGCCAUUGUCGUGUUGUUAACGCGGAGGUGGGUUCGUUGGUGGCUAUUACUUUGGAGGGUGGUGACUCGUGGAAGUUGGCGUUUGCGUUAGGGGUGGUGGCGGUCAGUCGGUUCGACACUGCGGUUUGACGAUGCGAGUUUAGUGGUGUGGAUGUUGACGGAGGUUCGCUGCUGGGUGGCGCUCUUCCAUUCCCUACUCUCUGUUCGAAGCGGUUCGUUGGUUUGAAGCGUGAGGUUGUCGCCCUAAGGCGGUUUGAAGUGGUUGCUGUUGCAGACGCUGACGACGGUUCGUUGGUGGCUGGUUUGUGGCUAGGGUUCGUGUUUUGGUCCUUGUGAGAGUUGCGACAGAGGUAGGGGUUGUUGGGGUUGGCGUGUCGAGGGCGUUGCAGUGAAGUGGUGUUGGACUGAAAUUGACUGAAAGAGGAAGGUUAUUGGGUUUGGCUCCAGCGAUGCUGAUUCAAAUGACUAGAACAAGAAGAUGGGCGAAUCCAACGUUGGUAGUGAGAGUGUUGGUGCUGGUGGAGGGAGACCAAGGCUUGUUCUGCAACCUCGGUCUCUGUCGGUGUCCAAUAAAAGGGGGGGAUGGGAAUGUGGGGAAACCUAAGGGGUUAGUCCAUUAGGAGAAGCGAUGCCAAGGGAACAAACCUGAUGGGAUUGCCUCAAGGAUUGUAUUUCUUGGUGAGGAAUAAAAAUCACUUUGAUGAAUUGAAGAAAGCUAUGCUACCUGACUUUUUGUGGACCAAACCUGAGGGUUUCCCGGAUGAGCUUCUACUGUAUGAACUGCUCAGAUCUGAUUGUCGGCAGCUUGCGAAGCAACUUUCGUGCCACCAAUGUAUCACGUUCUUGAAGGACAUUGCAAGUGAUGGUUGCUUCAGCCUUGCUAUGUUGGCCCGUAUGGAACCUACUUUGUGUGAAAAGAAUGUCUGGAUGUAUCCACGAUUAUUUUGGGAAACUGAACUCCUUGGACAGGUGCUGUACCUUGAAGCACAUGCUAUUGGAAUCUCAGAAACCGGAAUUGGUUGCUUCUUUGAAGACCCUGAUAAAGAGAUGAGAUAUGGAACAGAGCAAGAUUUGUGUCUUUGGGUGCUGUGAGCAGUGAUUUAGUUGAAGAGAGUGUGGAAGGUGAUGACCUAAGGAGCAGAAUCUUGAGGCUAAGGCUCCCCAAGCGAAGCGCCACAAACAUUCUUCAGAAAUGGGUCCUUCAAGGGAAUCCUGUUACGCUCUCUCAACUUCGAGAUAUUUCCAAAGAGCUUCGAAGAUCACAAGGGAAAGUAGUGCAAUUGUUGUUUGUUUUGUCAUAUCAUGCAAUAUGUAUCAGAUUCGUUUGGUUAAUUGUAGGUGUAGUGCAUUAGGAAUUCAAUUUUGUACGUUGCUAUUAUUCGGUCAAAUUGACCUGUCUGCUUAAGCUGGUCGGUGAACUUGUUCUAGUGCAU